AUGCCGGAGAUAUUCGAUGUAGAGCAUGUUCUAGCGAACAUCAGCGAGCAGGACAAGAUCGCUCUUUUAUCCGGAAUUGAUUUCUGGCACACACAUCCUAUCCCCAAAUUCAACGUCCCCUCAAUCCGCGCCACCGACGGUCCCAAUGGUAUCCGGGGCACGAAAUUCUUUGCCGGCAUCCCCGCCGCAUGUUUGCCUUGCGGCACAGCUCUGGGCGCCACCUGGGACCGAGAUCUGAUAUUCCAAGCCGGGAAGCUGUUGGGUGACGAGUGCAUUGCGAAAGGGGCGCAUUGUUGGCUGGGUCCGACAAUCAACAUGCAACGCGCUCCCCUCGGUGGCCGCGGGUUCGAAUCGUUUGCGGAAGAUCCGCAUCUCUCAGGCAUUCUGGCCAAAUCAAUCAUCCUCGGAUGCGAAAGCAAAGGGAUCAUAUCCACGGUGAAGCAUUUCGUGGGCAACGACCAGGAACAUGAACGUCGGGCGGUGGAUGUCCUCGUCACCCAGCGAGCCUUGCGCGAGAUCUACCUACGACCCUUCCAGAUUGUGGCGAGAGAUGCGAAGCCUGGCGCGCUCAUGACCUCGUAUAAUAAGAUCAAUGGGAAGCAUGUGGUAGAAGAUGCGCGCAUGCUCAAUCUGAUCCGCGAGGAGUGGAAGUGGAAUCCGCUGGUUAUGAGCGAUUGGUACGGGACCUACACAACCAUCGACUCCAUGAAUGCGGGCCUUGACCUGGAAAUGCCGGGGGUGUCCAGAUAUCGGGGAAAGUUUAUCGAGUCCGCCGUGCAGGCUCGACUGAUCAAGCAAUCGACUAUUGAUGCACGAGCGCGAAGGGUGUUGGAAUUCGUGAAGCAAGCGAGUCAGGUCCAAGUGUCAGAAGUGGAGCGAGGACGGGAUUUCCCAGAGGAUAGAGCACUGAAUCGCAAAAUCUGUGCGAACAGCAUCGUCCUUCUCAAGAACGAAGGCAUCUUGCCCCUUCCAAGGGAGAUCAAAAAGAUCGCCCUAAUCGGAUCUCACAUGAAGACUCCCGCAAUAUCGGGUGGUGGCAGUGCGUCACUUGAGCCAUAUUAUUCUGUCUCGUUAUACGACGCCUGCAGGGAAGCCCUUCCUAACGCGGAGGUGCUCUAUAAAGCGGGCGCAUACGUCCAUAAGAUGCUCCCCGUGAUAAACCGUCUGCUGAGCAAUGCUGUCAUUCAAUUCUACAACGAGCCGAUGGGCAAGGAACGACGUUUAAUCAGCACUGAGCCUGUAUCGACGACGGCCUUCCAGCUCAUGGACUACUAUGCUCCCGGCCUCAACCGAGGGCUCUUCUGGGCCACACUGAUUGGCGACUUCACGCCCGACGCCUCCGGGCUUUGGGACUUUGGCCUGAGUGUCUUUGGUGCCGCAAAUCUCUACAUUGACGAUGAGCUCGUGAUAGAUAACACCACGAGCCAGACGCGCGGGACGGCAUUUUUCGGCAAAGGUACCGUUGAGGAGCUAGGAUCGAAGGAAUUAGUUGCUGGGACUAUAUACAAAAUUCGGAUUGAGUUCGGCUCUGCCAACACUACCCCAACGAAAACGGUGGGAACGGUGAAUUUCGGUGGCGGCGCCGCAAAUCUGGGGGCCUGUCUACGGAUGAACCGGGAUGAAAUGAUCGAGAAUGCCGUGGAAGCUGCCGCAGAGGCCGACUACACCAUUCUUUGCACCGGGCUCAACAAAGACUGGGAAUCUGAAGGGUUCGAUCGCACGCAUAUGGAUCUGCCAGCGGGAGUUGACCGGUUGAUCUCGAAGGUGUUGAAGGCCGCCGCAGAUAAGACCGUCAUCGUCAAUCAGUCCGGUACACCAGUUACCAUGCCGUGGGCCGAUCAGGCCCGGUGCAUCCUGCAGGCCUGGUACGGAGGUAACGAGACGGGUCAUGGAAUUGCCGAUGUCAUCUUCGGAGAGGUCAAUCCAUGCGCAAAGCUGCCCUUGUCCUGGCCUGUGGAUGUGAAACACAACCCGGCCUACCUGAACUACGCCAGCGUGGGUGGCCGAGUGCUCUACGGCGAGGACAUCUAUGGGGGUUAUCGAUUUUACGAGAGGACCGGACGAGAAGUCCUCUUUCCAUUUGGUCACGGCCUGUCAUACACGACCUUCAAGAUCUCACCGAGUGUUACCGUCGCCCCGGAGAUCUUCAACAUGGACCGUCCUGCGGUCGCCACCGUACAAAUCAAAAACAAGGGCAAACUGGCGGGCGCCCAGGUUCUCCAACUGUACAUCUCUGCCCCCGAAUCCCCAACACCACGCCCAAGCAAGGAGCUGCACGGUUUCGAAAAAGUAUUCCUGCAGCCUGGGGAAGAAAGAACGGUUGACAUCCAGCUGGACCGAUAUGCGACCAGCUUCUGGGACGAGAUCGAGGACAUGUGGAAGAGCGAGCAAGGGACGUAUGAAGUGUUGAUUGGAACCUCUAGCCAGGAAGUGGUGGCCCGGGGCAAAUUCCAAGUGGAUCGCACCACCAGGAGGAAUGGACCCUUCGUCGACUGCGCGACCUCGCAAGAAUACUCGGGUGCUCACCGCAUGCGAUGCCUGUCGUCUCAGCAAGACUCGAUGCGAUUCAGCACGGCCAAUACAUGGGGCGCAAGAAUCCUAGACGCAGUAGAACGUCAAGAGCGGCUUCUGUCAGAGAGGCUGUCUUUGAACUGGGGGCCUCCUCUUUUAUCGCAGCAGGCGUCGCCAUGCCCAGUGGACGAAGUAGAUCCCGAGUCAAUCUCGCGCAACGAUGCGCCCAAGACACCUAUUACCGGGUCGGACAUGAUUCUCAGCUGGCCUAUUUUUCCGAAAGAGAAGCCUGUAUCGACUUUUCCAAUGGCAGCGUAUUCCGAGAAGCCAGAUCGCUUUCAGACGGCUCUACCAAGCUUAGAUCCCCAAAGGCUCCUCGAACUGCGCGAGAUUUUCAGGACCAAGAUCUGGACCAAGAACCCAAUCGUUGACCCGGACCAGCUGGACUUUCAUAUCGCUCGAGUGCUGGAAAAUGGCAUUGACUGGUCCGCCUCGUCGUGCUUGGUGCUACUUAUCUUUGCGCUUGCGGCCAUCUGGGGGAAUUAUCCCGAUGACGAAACCCGCGAGGUCUCGUACAAUGAACCAUCAUUCAGUCCACCGGUCACUUACGUGACGAUGUCGGUUCCGGAGCACCGAAUGAAGGAAUCGUUGACCUUCCUCUCCAUGGCGCGUAAGCGCAUCUCCACUGCGUAUCUCGACGAUACCUUAGUGGGAGUGCAGUGUCUCUGUUUAUUCGGAAUUUGGUAUCAGUAUAACGUCGAGCCGAUUCCGGGCUGGAAAAUGUUCCGGACAGCAUCCAUGCUGUGGCAAACGUAUCGUUUGAAGCACCGCGAGGGGAAGAUGAUUAGAAGUGCGCAGGAAGAGAGUCUGGAGCAGCGACUCUACUGGACAUGCUUAAAAUCCGAAUGUGAGGUUCGAUAUGAACUGACGGAUCUCCCGCCAUGUGACCUCAGCCUCUCCGACUUUCCUUAUUCUCUCCCGAGCUUCCCCACGAGACAUCCAUCUACCGACGCCCCUGGGUGGAUUUUUUCCAGUCCCUCGUCCACAGACCUCGAAGCAGCAUCUUCCUACUAUUACCUGGCCGAGAUCUUCUUGCGCAGGCUUCUCAACCGGGCCCGCAAUGCGGUCCGUGUGAUCUCCCCGGAUAUCGACCUGCCGAGCAUCAAGGUUCUGGCAGAGACUCUGACGCAGCUGGAAGGUCAACUCCAGCAGUGGGUAGACUGUCUUCCACAUACACUUCGGUUCAACAUGCCUCUCGAAUCCGCCCCUGCACCGAAGGAGAGUGAGCUCAUGAAGCUAAGCCGUGAGCGAUACGUCGAGGUGCGCGAACUGCUCUGCCGCGCGUAUCUAUACCUGUGCAUCCAUGUACCGCUCGACCCAGGGAUGGCGGUGCUGUAUGGGGUCAGAGCGAGCGAGGCGCUACUUUUGGCAGUUUAUCGCAUCCAGACCGAGGUGCCAUUCUUCCGGCAUCCGGGGUCAUGGGGAGGAUGUCGAGUCCGGUUCAAUCAUGCGCUUUGCCUGAUUGCGGGAUUUCGCGCAAAGCUGACGCAGCGCCCCUCGGCAGAAUAUGUGAGCAUUCCUCCCGACUGGGCGGACUGUGUGCGUGUGGUGAUUGAGCGGUUGAAGAUCUGGGGCGAGGAGGGCGGCGGGAUCAAGGAGUUAAGUGUGCUGCUGGAGUGGCUGAUGCAUGGCAAUUUGGAAUUGUAG